GUUUAAGUUCAUAGGACGCCAUGUUGGUUGUCAGGGAAAAAUUGUGAUUGCGAAAAAUCUAGAAUAAGAAAUGGCCUACUGCAACUUAUGGGAAGAUCGAGAUGUACGUUUUGACAUCACCUUACAACAAAUGCAGCUUAGACCAGGAGAGGAGUUAAUUGACAAGCUUGAUUCAGUUGAAGAUACCAAGGGAAAUAAUGGUGAUCGAGGAAGACUUCUCGUCACUAACCUUAGACUAAUAUGGCAUUCACAGAGUAUGCCCAGGGUAAACUUGUCUGUUGGGUUCAGUUGUGUUGUUAAUGUGUCUACCAGAUCGGCAAAUUCAAAACUUCGGGGACAGACAGAAGCUCUAUAUAUCUUAACAAGGUGUAACAACACAAGGUUCGAGUUUAUCUUCACAAAUCUGGUUUCUGGUAGUCCCAGACUUUUUACAACAGUGAUUUCAGUUUUCAGAGCAUAUGAAUCUUCUAAAUUGUAUCGUGACUUAAAGCUUCGUGGGGCACUGAUCCUUAAUAAACAACUGCGGCUCUUACCAUUGGAGCAAGUUUAUGAUAAGAUAAAUGGUGUCUGGAACCUCUCCAGUGAUCAGGGAAACCUCGGAACUUUUUAUAUUACCAAUGUUCGCUUGGUGUGGCAUGCAAACAUGAAUGACACAUUCAAUGUCAGUAUUCCCUACUUACAAAUGAGAUCAGUCAAAAUAAGGGAUUCCAAGUUUGGACUUGCAUUAGUUUUGGAAACUUCACAGCAGAGUGGUGGAUAUGUACUUGGGUUCCGUAUUGACCCAGGAGAAAAAUUACAAGAAGCAGCUAAAGAAAUUCAAAGUUUACAAAAGGUUUACAGUGCCAGUCCAAUAUUUGGAGUGGAAUUUGAAACAGAGGAAAAGCCCCAAACAGUAGAUGAGGUUACAGUUGACCCAGUCCAGGAUGAUAUAGAGAUUGUUAAUGAGGGGGAAGGCACGGAUGCCUUUGCAGCAUACUUUGCUGAUGGUGAUAAGUCAAGUGAUCGUGAACCAGUGUAUUCAGAGCAGCUGGGCCUAGCUGUGGAGAAAUUAAAGGAUGGCUUCACUUUACAAGGGCUCUGGGAAGUUGUUCCAAGUCAAUGAGUUUCAUUCUCUUCAUCAAAUAAGUGGCCACAGAGUUGACUUUUCUUUGGCUGUGUAAAUAUCAGUAGUCAAAUGAAUCCAGGAAAUUGUACAAAACCCAUUUGUCAAAGGCCAGUCAAAAGGCUGGAACAAGUUUCUGUUCAUCAAAUAUAAUUGUGUUAGUGUCAGGGCCCUAAGGUACAAACAUGUUUCCCUUCGACAUUUUUUAUUAUUUUUUCUGUAAAUAGCUUUGUAGCUAAUGAAAACUGUUAUGAGAUAAGCAUGUGCAUAUAUCAAGCGGGAUAUUUCAUAGUUAUUGUAGGGUUAACAAUCAACAGCUUUGACAUGAAAUUGUGAAAGUAUUAGUUGUGUGAUGAAGUGACCUGUGUCAAGCCUUAAUUUAUUUAUACUAGAAAUAAUAGAGACAAUUAAGAGGUACAUACAGAGAGUAUCAAGUUAUCUGAAAUAAAAUUGCUGAAAAGUGAGCUAUCUUGAGCUGAACGCCGUUGGGGAAUUAUUAAGGUAGAGAGGUACUUACUGGUACCAUAACAGAAUUUGGAUUUACCGAAGUGCCACUGUCUGAGAAAACAUGAUCUUGUUAGGAAGACCCUUAAAUUCCUUCCAGGAUUGACCUCCAAUUUCUCAGUAAUUACCUGAUUCUUAAUCAGGCAAUAUUCCACAAGACUGAGAUUGAUAGGAAAUUUUGUCUCUAAAAAUACGUGAAUAUCUGUCCACAUUUUUGUUUCGCUUUGGGUUUUUUCUCUCAUCUAACAGAUCUAUGCAAGUUAUUGUAUGUUGUUUACAGAUAAUGAAUGUCAAGACUAGUACACCCACAUGUGAACAGUAUUAAUUAAGCAUUGAAUGAUAUUUGCCAAUGGUAAUUUUCAAUCCCCAAUAGUCCCAUUGAAAAGCAUAUAGUCUCAUUAUCUAAAGUCACCUGUAUAAUCGAUAACCCAGUUAUUUUUGCCUUGAAAACAGGAUAAGAUCAUAACUGCUCAUACCACCUUACAAGUUUCCUAACAAAUAACUAAAGUAGACUUCUGUUGUAAAAGUCAAAAAAGGUUAGAGCAACUGGAAAGUUGAUCUGCAUGCUGCACAGAAUUCUGGGAGUAGAAGGCAUGGUGGACUUUGUCAAAAAAGGAGGGACUGCUCACAGUCUACUGACUGGGUGGGUUUAACCCAUUAACUCCCAGAUCAAAUUCUCCUUAAUGUCAACAAUACAACACUUAUGUUUGUUUAGAGAAUUUAUUAUUAGAUCAACUAAUUAUCCCUAAAUUGAUAUUUUUCUUUAAUUUCAUCACUUCUCUGGUUGGUAUAGUAUUGAUAUUGUAAGGAGAAAUUCUGACUUGGUCACUCAUGGGAGUUCAAUGGUUAUUACUGUUCUUUGAUUUCAAUUGGGAGAAUGCUGUGCUUGGUGCUAGGUGACCCAUUUCAGGCUUUUGUUUCUAGUAGUUUUUUCCUUGUGUAUAACAAGCAGUCACCAGCUAAAGUUGUUCUAGAAAAGGAAAAAUGCUAGUCCAAAACACUGAGCAAGUCACAAACUAGACAACGUAUCAUGUUGACCACAACUUUUAUUACAAUUAUGUUGAUACAGGGUGUAUAAUAAAUAUAAUAACAUUUCUUUAUUAAAAAAUCAUGCAAUUAGCAGUUACAGGUUAUUUGUCAAAUAAUUAAUCCAUUGCAAUCACAUCCCUUGAUUUUGGUUAUAUGCUGUCUUGUCUACAGUAACUGGAAAAGUAAGAAAAUGUAUUUCCCUUGUCUUUAUUGUAAUCUAAUAACACUUUAAAUCUACCAAAAAUUGUAAUUCUUGGCUAACAGAAGUCCAGGUUUUGUAUUUUCCAAAAACUUAUGAUAAUUUCACCUAAGUAAACCAUUAUUUAUUAAAUAGGACAACUAACUCUGUGGUCCAAGGUGUGAU